AUGUACUUUGAUAAUCAUAUUUUAAUUAAUGAUAAUCAAGAAAAUGAAUUAAUUAUACAUAAAUCAAUAGUUGCAAAUAAAGAGUAUCCAACAUUACUUGAUACAUUUGUUCAUGCUAAUGGUCUUAAAAUUCUUGCACAACAUUUUUCACGAAAUUAUCCAUCAAUACAAUCUUAUAAUGAAUGUUUGACAUUAUCAUCAUCAUCAAGUAGAAAUAUAUUCGAUAAAAUAAAUUUCUUUAAUCUUUCAUCAUUAGUUUCAACUUUAUCAUUAUCAUCAACAAAUUCUUCAAAUAAUAUGACAAUGCCAUAUUAUGUAUUUAUAACAUUUUCAAUAUUUCUUCGUUUACCAAAUUAUGCAGAUGUUAUGUAA